AUGAGGAGUUACACUGGAAGUAUGUUUCGCUUGAGCGUUGAAGCAUUUGCCCCAUGCCUAUUUGAAUUAAUCAAGCAACGAGCUAUGAGACUGACUAGAAGGUGUGAUUCUCCAAGUUCCCCCAUCAUUGUAAAGGUAUGUGCCCUGCGCCUAUGUGAACUGAUAAAGCGAUGUGUGAUGGGUCUACAACGAAAGCCUAAUUCUCUAGGUUCCCCGCUUGCUAUCCAGCAAAACCAAUGUAGCAAUUCACCUGCUGAAAGCAUGAUGAACACUGCAUAG